AUGAAGUUCGGUAAGACAUUGAUCUCUCAUCAGAUCCCGCAAUGGCUGGUUUAUUACAUCAACUAUAAGAAGUUAAAGAAACUUAUCAAACCCAUAGAUAGAGUGACUGAUUAUGAUAAGAUUGAAAACAAUCAAUUAUCCCAAGUGCCGGAUUUAAUCAAUGAUACCUUGAGUAACUUUUAUGUCAACUUGAAUGAAGGCAUUGAAGUGGUUGACCAAUUCUUUAAUACCAAGUUCUUUGAAUAUAACAAAAGACUUGCAAGAGUAGUGGAACUUCUUAAUUAUAAAGAAACACCUGGUGGUUCCAUUAUAUCUUUUGAAGUUAUUGAUAAUCAAUUGGAAUUGAAUGAAAUCUUGACAAAUUUAGUGGAAUUAAAGAACAAAGUUCAUAAUUUGAAGUGGUUUGGGAAUUUGAAUAAUAAAGCUAUUAUAAAAAUUUUAAAGAAAUUGGAUAAGAAAUUAUCGGUAUUAAUCAAUUUGGAUAUUGAUACGGAAAUUUCCUUACAAAAUAGUAACAAACAGCUUUAUAUAACCAAAAAGUUCAAUGAGCUUGCCUUUGCUAAUCAACAAAAUUUGGAUAAACUGUUGGAAUUAAUUAACAACGUCAUUCAGUUGUUAGGUAAUCAAGAAAUCCCAUCAAAUAUUGAUCUUUCCGUGAUUGACAAAAUUCAACAAAACGAUGGUACAUCAUUAACGGUUGAUCUUUUCAAUGGAUGUACUCAAAAGCUUAUUUUAACGUAUCUUCUGAAUGCUGUGAUUUCAAAUGCUCCUCAAUCGAUAGAUUUCAUCUUCAAGUAUUUAUGUGAUAACUUCCCUGAACUGCCAUUACUGAAUAAGUUAGAUUUGAAUAAUCGGACAUUUUUCCAUAAAUUAAUGGUCUAUUUGGGUGAUAUUGGUGAGAAAGAGUUCCCUGUAGUUGGACCUUCAAAUCUUAGUUUUGAUACUGUUUUCCCCCAGUUUACAAAGCAUAGCGUUGAAGAUACUUCCCAUUAUUCUUUGAAUCCAAAAUUUCUCAAUGCUUUGAAAGGUUUGAACUAUUUCUUGAGUCAAAUUAAAGACCCUAAACUAAGGGCAACUUUAAUGGCACAGGAUUUUUAUUUGAAAACUUGUAUUCAUUAUACUUCUCAAUAUGGACUCAAAGAUUUCAUUCGACUUUUAUUCCAUUACAUUGUUGAUGAAUGGUCCAUUAAAUUGACUUCAAUGGAUAAUUUGAAAUUUUGGAACGAUAAAGAAAGUUUAACUCCUUUGCAUUUAUCAAUAAUUUCCAAUAAUCCUGUGACAACUAAGUUUCUUAUAAUGUAUUCCAAUUCAGUACACCAGUUGGGUAAAUGCUCCAAAUUGCUACUUUUAGCUGUGAGAUUAAACUGUGAUACAGAUAUUAUAAAAGAUCUUUUAUAUCUUGGUGGUAUCCAGAUAAACUAUACUGAUGCUGAACAUAACUAUGAAACUGCUUUGUACAUUGCAACAAAGCACAAUUAUGUCGAAUUGGUCGAAUACCUCUUAGAGAAUGAUGCUGAUACUGAAGUACCGGAAAGUAUAUUUGGAUGGACUCCUAUCUUUAUUGCAUCAGCUGAAGGAUAUGAAACCAUAGUGAAACUUUUGUUACAAUAUGAUGCAAAGUUUUCAUUCACUGAUGAUCUGGGUUGGUUACCUAUAGAGCAUGCUACUUUAAGAGGUCAUUUGAAAAUUGCAGACUUAUUACGUCCUGAAAACUCAGAUAUCUUACUUUAUGAUAUUAAUAUUCCCCAGAACAAUUUGAACAGAAUGAAAGCUUCAUCGUCAUAUAAAGAAGACUCUAGUGGGAAUGAAAGUCCAAGUGCUCUGCCAGGUGCAAUGAGUACAUCAUCAAUUGAUAAAUUACCUGAGACUUCCAAGGUUGCAUUGGCUGAGGUUUAUAAGCAAUUGAAAUCAAAUACCAAUCUGCCUUCAAUAUCUCGUUCCAAAUCCCCUAAUAAUAGAAGGAAGAAGCUUAAACCUGUUAAAUCCUUUGGACAUAAGUAUUUGAAUGAAGGAGAAUCUGUCGUGUUGAUUACCCUUGGUACUACUGAUUUAAGAGAUACUUCAGAGGUGAUUCAAUUGAACAAAACCAACCUCAUGAAGUCAUUUAAUAUUGAAUUGGAUAUUGCUUUAUCAUUAUCUAUAAUGCCUGUUCAUCAGAAAACAGGAGAAUUAUUGGCAGUUUCUCCGGUGAUUAUUGAUUUACCACUUGAUGAAGGUCAUGGGGUUGCUUCAGAUCCAAUUACUUUUAAAUUCAAAGAAGGAAUUAAAUUGGAAGAUAUAAUUGUUACUUUUGAUUUGGUACCCACUUAUCAAAUAGUUAAUACCACAACUGUCCACAGCAGUAAUGGAGCUUCAUCUCCUGUUUUAGGUCGAGCUGUGGCCAUGUUACGAGAUUGUUAUACCAGGAUUGGGAGACAUAUGCGUUCAUUGAAUAAUAAAAUCACUCUACCCAUUAUUGAAAGUAUGAGUCUCAAGGUAUUAGGGACCAUUAACUUUGAGUAUCUAUUUGUUGAACCAUUUAGUCAUCCGUUAAUGAAGACGGAUAGAUCAGGAACUUAUUGGAAGAAAUUGGUAAGUACAAGAGUCAUUGGUCAUAGAGGGUUAGGAAAAAAUGAAGUGAAUCGUCAAUCAUUACAAUUGGGCGAGAAUACCGUGGAAUCGUUCAUUGCUGCUGCAUCAUUAGGAGCAUCAUAUGUUGAAUUUGAUGUUCAAUUGACUAAAGAUUUUGUGCCCGUUGUGUAUCAUGAUUUCACAGUAGCUGAAUCUGGAGUUGAUAUUCCAAUGCAUGCUUUAACGGCUGAACAAUUUUUACAUUUAAGUGAUAACAAUCUGCAUCAAAAGAAACGAAUUACUGUUGAUGAUACUCAUAUUGAUAUAAAGCAACCAUUAAUCAAAAGGGUUCCCAGUCCUACGAUAUUUUCCGAAUCUUCUUCCCCAAUUGCAUUAACUAGUGAUUCACUUGAAGAGGCAGGAUUAGACCCGAAUGGGAAUGGGACUAGUCCAUCCAAAGCUCGAGGUUUAUCGAGUUAUCAAAGCUCUCCCAGUUUCUUUUCAAGUACUAAGGAGUCCAAAGAAGGCAAUGAUGAAAUCGAUAAAGAGUUUAGAGAUCAAUUUAAUUUCAGAAUGAAAUUAACAAAGACUUGGAAAGAUAAAGGAUUUAAAGGGAACGCUAGAGGGUUUUCGAUUGCUUCUAAUUUCGUUACCUUGAAGGAAUUGUUUAGAAAGUUACCUCAAAAUGUUGGGUUUAACAUUGAAUUGAAAUAUCCAAUGCUUGAUGAAGCCCAACAUGAAGACAUGGGAGAAAUCGCUAUUGAUUUGAAUUAUUAUAUUGAUACUAUUUUGAAGGUGAUUUAUGAAGAGAAUACUUCCAAUAGAGACAUUUUAUUUUCUUCCUUUCAUCCGGAUAUUUGUGUUCUUUUACUGUUGAAACAACCAAGCAUGCCUAUAUUAUUUUUAACUGAAGCAGGUACAGAGUUCAUGGCUGACAUUAGGGCCAGUUCACUUCAAAAUGCUAUUAGAUUUGCAAAGAAUUGGAACUUAUUAGGGAUCGUAUCAGCUGCUGGAGCACUUGUACGUACUCCAAGAUUGACUCAAGUAGUAAAGUCAUCGGGGUUGGUCUGUGUUACCUACGGGGUUGAGAAUAAUGAUCCGGAGUUGGUGAAGAUCCAAAUGAGAGCUGGAGUUGAUGCAGUGAUUGCUGAUAGUGUAUUAGCAGUUAGAGAUGGAUUAAGAAGUGAUGUGCUGACAUUGAAGGGGUUAGAAGAUAGUUCUGGUUCUGAAGAGACAACAGAGAAGUAUACAUAG